GUUGUUGGAUUGGCAGCAAAACAAAGUAGAAUGAGGAAUAUUUCAAAUACAGUAAUGAAAGUAAAGCAGAUCCUUGGCAGAAGCCAGAAAUGCGGUCCUUGGACCUGGCUUCUCAGCAAUUAGCCCUGAGAGGGAAGAAUCGGCUGGCUCCUGGAGAUAGACCUGAGCACACAGAGCCUCCCACACCUUCAGAUCGGCACCUUGCUGCCCAGGAGCCUCCUCCAGCCGGCCUUCCUUCCCAGUCCGCUAUGGCCACUUCCAACAGCAGCGCAGGCAUCCGGUGGUCCAGACAGGAGACACGGACGCUUCUCUCCAUACUAGGUGAGGCAGAGUAUAUUCAGCGCCUCCAGACUGUGCAUCACAAUGCAGACGUCUACCAGGCUGUGUCUAAGCGGAUGCAGCAGGAAGGCUUCCGCCGCACCGAGCGUCAGUGCCGCUCCAAGUUCAAAGUCCUGAAGGCAUUAUAUUUAAAGGCCUAUGUGGCGCACGCCACAAGUACGGUUGAUCCACCACACUGUCCCUUUUAUGAUACGUUGGAUCAGCUUCUCCGAAAUCAGUUAGUGACUGACGCAGACAACUUAAUGGAGGACGCUGCUUGGGCCCAGCACUGUGACCAGAGCUCAGCGGCCCCUGACACCCCAGGGGAAGAGGGGGUCAGCACUCUGGGAGCAAAAAGGACUCAGGCCGCAGAUCGUCAGCCUAUCGUGAAAACAGUUAAGGAAGCAGACGAGGACUGUCAGCUGAGGAUCAGUGGCCAGAUGCAAGAAACCAGUGACCUUGAGGACUCCUGGGAUGAAUCCUCGGGUGCAGGGUGCUCUCAAGAGACCCCCAGCUACAGCAGCUCCCACCACCUUUUCAGAGGUGCAGCUGCUCCCUGCCAGAGCAGCCCCGUGACCAGACUGGGGGUGUCCGGUGAGCCCAGCCCCUGCACCAGCUCUGGCCGAAACACUCCUGGGUUGGCCUCGGCACAGCGGCCUCCGGGCUCCUCCUCCAGAGUUCCUUUUGUUUCUGGUGGGGAUGGGCCUUUGACCAGUGAGCCCCCUCCCAGGUGGGCAAGGCGAAGAAGGCGUUCCGUGGCCAGGACUAUCGCAGCCGAGUUGGCAGAAAACAGGAGAUUGGCACGAGAACUUUCAAAGCGGGAGGAGGAGAAAUUGGACCGGCUGAUUGCCAUUGGCGAGGAGGCCAGCGCUCAGCAGGACACCGCCAACGAGCUGCGCAGGGACGCGGUGGUCGCCGUCAGACGCUUGGCCACAGCGGUGGAAGAGGCAACUGGUGCUUUCCAGCUAGGGCUUGAAAAGUUGCUUCAGAGGUUAAUUUCAAACACCAAAAGUUAGGAGCUGAUCACACAAGGGUGUAUGUCCUACUCUGGCAGAGGCCCGGCUCCAACGGCUGCCUUCUGGUAGCCUGCCUCCUUUUCCGUGUCCUCAGAAACAGAAGAGUGGUUGGACCAUUGAUGUGCAGAAGGGUAGGAAUUCUAGAAUAUUCAGAGGUAGAAUACUUGCUUCUCCCAAGCGUCUCCACUAGUUGAAAGAUGUUUCAGAAACGCGAGAGGUGGCCUAGUAGACAAUGGAAGCAGCCAAGUCCAGAGAGCUGGUUAGCCCUGGCUUCACCGAUGCACAACAACUUAGUUUACCUCUCAACACCGGUUUCCUCGGCUGUUAAAAGGGGGCAGCCUGCCUACCUCACAGGGUUGUUGUGAGGACCAGAAGGCUUAAAUAGAUGUGAAAGGGUUUACAAGUUUACAAGCACUCUACACAUGGAAGUUAUUAAAGCAUAUGACCUUGGCCGAGGUCAGGCUAGGAUGAGGCACAGUAGCUGACAAGAUGUAGAAUUAGGGCUGUAUACCAAGACCUCAUUGCUUGAAUCUACUAGUUUAACUUGACUGCUUCCUGGAGUUUACAAUCUUCACUUCUUUAAAUCUCUCUGUAGCUCAUGAGGCUAAUAUAGACACAACACAUAUUGGUACCUUUAGCUCAUAUUUUCACUGCUGUGUCUGUGACAUACCGACGAGCACACACUCAAUAGUCGAACCAUCUUUCCCACCAUUUUACUAGUCCUUAGUCUCUUAUCACUGGAUAUAAUUCACAACUGACAGGGAGCCACAAUCGUGCGUUUUGGUUCAUAUUAAUAAUCUUUGAAAUAAUAAGAAAUUGGCUGUCUUAUAAAAUACUACAUGUAAGUAAGUUCUUUGCAUUCCAUAUUUUUUAGGUUCCUUGAUUAUGCAUAAUUAUAUAUCUUUAGCAUUGGUUUGCCAUUUGGACCUCAUGGAAACAAUUCAGAUGAUAUCAGUUUCCCAAAUGCUUUUAGCUAAUUUUGUGCUUCUCUGUUAGCCAUUUUUCUCUCUAGUGUGUUACAGAAGGUAAGCCCUAGAAAACUUUUCUUUUAGGGAACUUUCCAAGUCACUUUUUCUCAAAUGUUAUAGACAAAAGUUCACCUCAUUAAUGGCAUAUGAUAGAAUAGAACAGCUUUGGGAACAGUUGGGUGGUGUGGAUAAGGACGGCCUGCAAUAGCUAACUCUUUUUAAGCACCAACCCUCCACAAAUCCACCCCCUUUUCCCUCCAAAACACAUACAGUUCCUAGAGGAGAUAAGAUCGUGUUGAGCCGUGCUUCCAAUUUACUCUAAAAGGGAAGCCAUUAUUGGCCAUCAUUAACCUAACUUAAAGCUCUUAGCGGUUAUUUAGUACUUUCAGAAAGUACAAAAAGGAGACAUAGAACGUAAAGAGCUUUCCUCUAAUCAAGAGGCUGGAAGAAAAGUGCAGGCAUGUUGGGAGAGGUUUUAUUUUCUAUUCUGCCAGCUUGGUUGCUUACCUAAAUGCUGGAAAUAGCAAUAGGUGGAGAAAUGGUCCGGACCACGGCGGGAACAUACGGGGAGCAGUAAAUAGAUGGCAGGUUUCUCUGGGGAAUGGCCCAUUCUGUAGGAAGCAGCGUGAGGUAGAACACACUGGAAUCUAGCCAGAACCCCCAGAUUCGAAUGCUGCCACACUUCGUUACACUGAGCAGAUCACUUGCCCUGUUUGUGCCUCGGUUUAUCUCUAAAAUGAGAGGUUUGUACUAGGUGACGUUUCUCGUACCUUCCAGUUCUAAAAAAUGAGGUGAAUAGCGUAACAGAAGGCAAAGUGAAAUUCUGAUAGCGAUAUUUUCAGUCACAGCAGUGUGUUGAUGUAUGUGAAAUCCUGGUAACAGUCGUGUUUUAAGGAAGCAUUCUAUGGCAUUAAUAUUUAUGAAUGUACUCGUGAACUUCUGUAAGCACCACACCCAGACACAGAUUCCAUGCUCUAAAGGAGCAUAUGUUUGAGGUACGGAAGUUGAGAUUAUAAUUUUUUUUUUCUCAGUUGUUUUAGGCCCUUACACGGAGGGGUCCCUGUCAGUUACAACUGGAUAACACUACUGUAGAUAGGUAGACUUUCUGGAAAAACAGGGAAGUACUUGAAAGAGUUAGGCCUGUACUAUAUUAAUCUAUUAACGGUAGCAAAGUACACAGGCAGGGAUUUAUCUGAGAUAA